CCUCUUCAGGCCCGUGUGCCCUGCCACGGACGAAGUUUUACAGAUAAGUCCAUGACAACGUUUCAGGCUGUUUCAUGCCACCCAUUGAUAAAACUGGGCAGAAAUAGCAGAGCUGGAAUGGAACUGUUUGUUCUGGGAGUACAUCGUUCCCUCGGGGUGUAGUACUUUUCAGAAUAUACAUUGCACCAUGCUGCUGCUUCCUUCCCAGAUAGAGUCCCCGCUCCCGUGUUGUGCAUGACACUGCCUUUCUCUUUCCUGAGAAUGGCUCUUUGCUCUUUUCUGCAGGGGCAUUGCCUUUACCAGCUCCCUGAUGUGUCCUGGUGUCCCCACAGUGAAGAAAGAUUGCACUUCUCUGCAUUGUAUUCAAAAAAUUUUACUCUUGGUCUAUUCCUUCUCAAAAGGGAAGCAAUGUGUUACAAAAAGUACAGAUGUUUUCAGGGUGUAAGGGGGAAAUGCCAUUGCCAGCACACCAGCAAAAUGGUGUAUAUGCUCAUAAUGUGAGGAAAUUCUUCCAGAUCUGGACAGCCAGGGAGCCCAGAGCUUCAUUGCAUGCUCCAUCAUCUCCUUUUUCACUCCAGAUCCCUAUCCGUUUUCAGGGCUUACAGCCUCAUUCCGUGCCCCACCGCCUCAAUUUUAAGCCAUAACCCCCCAUGCGGAGGGUUCAGAGCUUCAUUUGAAAAAUGCCAAGUCUCACUUCAGGGUCCAAAACCUCAUGCGUAAAACCCAGAGAGUCAUUUCAGGAUUCAGAGUGCCCUCUUUCAGUCCAAAUCCCCAUUUGGAGGAUGAGCACUGAGGGGUCUUGGCUUUGCCAGUGGGAAAAGGGGAGGCUCAGUGCAUGCCCGGAGGGGACCAGGGGAUCCACAAGAGCAGUGGGAGGGCAAUAGAGGAGAGGUGAGCACUGGGCUAUGGAAACACAGAGGGGAGAGCAUGCGACAAGGAGAGAGAUGAGCUUGGCCAUGGGAAGUGGAAGGCACGUGAGCAUACUGGGAGGGAGCAGAGGCUAUGCCAGCAGCUCUAGGAGGGAGCAGAAAGGACGUAAGCAUGCCCGGAAGGUAUGCUUAAGGGACUCCAGCCAUCUGUAAAGGGGAAAGGGAGGAUGGUGGAAUGCUGUGGAAAGGACUGAAAGAGAUGUGCCUGUGAACUGAUAAGGGCGACUCAGUGCUUGCAGCCAGGAUAGUAGAGAAGACAUGAAGACACACUUCAGGGAACGGAGGGGCUCUGUGUGACAGCAAUACAAGAGAUUUGGAGCAGCAAACUUGGGCAUCCUGUACUCCUGGAGGUAUGCAAGGGGUUGCUUCCUUUGGCCACUUUGCCUUGGUAAUGCAUACUUUUAUGAACACAUGUGCCCUUCCCUCUGCCCCAAGGGCCUUACAAAGGGAACAUUGGUACUGCUAGCCCUGGCAACUGGCACCACGUGUCACUUCACAUCAUCAAGAGUCACUAAACCUUUUGUGAUGUCAGAAAGCGCUCAGCAGAACUGGGGCCCCACAAGCACAGCCCCCACAAGCACAGUGUCUGCAGGUGCAGGUGCAGGUGCUGGUGCUGGUGCUGGUAUUGGUACUGGCAGUGUUGGCACUGGUGGUAGUGCCCAGUCCCGACAGAUCAUGGAGAAGAUUCGAAAGUUUUUCUGGAGAUUAAGGAAGACACAGAGAAGGUGCAGUGCUCGCGUGCAUCCCAUGGACUGCACAGAGCAGGAAAGCCAGGGAGAAGGCCCUUUGGAAUAUGAAGUCAAGCAGGCAGAGGGCAGUGCAGAUGGAGUAGCAGCGGCAACUUCUGCCCCGCUCCAUCUCUCCAACAUCGAUGGAGCAGCAGUGGAAACUUCUGCCCCGCUCCGUCUCUCCGACAUAGAUGGAGUAGCAGUGGAAACUUCUGCCCCGCUCCGUCUCUCCGACAUAGAUGGAGUAGCAGUGGAAACUUCUGCCCCUCUCAGUCUCACCAAGACGUUUGAAAGUCACUCAAGCUCAGCAAACGAUGCUGAGCAGGGAUUUAAGAAACAAUUUGAGCCCUCCUGCGUAGAAAACCUCUCUGGGAACAUCCCUGAGUUGCCAAAGAGCAAGAAGACCUUGCCUCAGCAGCAGAAGAAAUCCAAUAGGAGACCUCACAGGCAAAAGAGACAACUGGAGCAAUGGGAAGAAAUGCUUGAGGAAAAGACAUUGCUUUUAGAAGCAAGAGAAAAAGCAUUUUUCCAGGCCCAGAGGCAGGCAGAGAAACGUCAUGCUUCACACCUUGCAAAAAAAACUGCAGAGUGGGAAGUUCUGCAGGAACAAGUGGCCCAGCUCCAACGUGAAAACCUUUCACUGUGUCAGCAGCUGGAAGAUGCUCAGAACACCAACCAGAGAACAGUCGGACAGCUCCAACAAGAACUUGCUGAGGCUGUUGGAAAGCAGCACGUCACAGAAGCAUCCCUGAAAACUUCUGCCGACUUACAUGACUCACUGAAGAAAGAAAACUCCAAGUUGCAAGAGGAUGUGGACAAGGCUAAUGCCAAGGUGUGUGACCUUUCUGCACGGCUGGAGUUGGAGUACUCAAAGUUGCUGGUGCAAAAAAGGGCAAAUGAGGAGCUGCGAGUGAAGGAGGCUGUUCUCAAGCAGCGCUUAGAGGUUGUAUUGGAGGAUUAUAAAAUAGCAGCGUGGAUUGAAAAGAGGCGUGAAGAAAAAAUGCAAGAGAAACUUGCCGACAGUUGCAGAAAGCAGUCGGUUUCAGAAAUGUCUCUGAAGCGUUCUGAAAAUCACUGCCGUAACCUGCAAAACGACGUCUUGAUACUGAAGGAAAGCUUGGACAAGGCCAAUGUCAAGGUGUUUGAACUUUCCAUACAGCUGGAGAUGGAACGGCAAAACUCACUGCAGCUAGAAAUGACAAAUCGGGCGCUGCAAGACCUGGUUCACCAACAUCGCCCACAGGCCACUGCAGCGGGCUGCAGCCCAUUCUCAGAGACUGGAAGGUGGCAUGAAGAAAGAGCCCCAGAAGAAAUGGGGCAGAAGCAAGAGCCCAGCCUCUUUUUCCCGGCAGCCUCUCAAAGCAGGCUAGAGGAGAUCAAUGCCAAAGAGGCAAUGUUUAGAAGGCAACAGAGGCAGAGAAUUGCAGCUCUGACAUCAGAAAUGGAGAGAGCCCAAAGCAUGCAUCAGGAGAGCUUGCGGCAAAUAGCACACUGGCAGGCAGAGCUAGACCUCUCAGAAAAACUGUUCCUGGUGGGUGAGGACAUUAGAAGAAGCCUUGCAAAUAAAUAAGACAAUAGGAAAGAAUUAUUAUUACUAUGAGACAGAAGUAAUCCAUUCAGUCUCACUCAUGACGGCGCUUCUUCAAUUUGAGUUUUCACUGGGAGGAGAGAAAUAGUCCUACGACCUUGUGGGAGAAGGCCUAUAAAUACAGCACAGUCUGGAAGCGUGAGAAGCAGAGCAUCUGGCUAAGAAACUCAGAUGCCUACUUCCCUAAAUCCACGAUCCUACUGGCCUGCUAAUGUAGCGUAAGACCUGUGACAACGUGAGCAACAGCAGUUCUCGCACGCUUCUGCUUUUUUCGCAAAACUAAUGAGAGGCCAGCAGAAACCAAGGACAAAGGCCUCAGGAUGACCCACAAAGAAAUUUCUCCAUCGUGAGGCCAAUGACUCUGGGCAACACCAAGAGAAAACAGAGAGGAGGACCUACAUGUAAGCAGCUUUACGUUCUGUUCUUCAGUGGCCAGGUCUUUCAGAGGUGGGAUUAUUCCCCAUCUGUAGGCUAUGGAAUUUCCUUUGCCACUUUCAGAAAGCUAGCGGCCCGAUAGUCAAGCAUGAAAAAUCUUGCUUUGUCUGCGUUCCUGUCUUCCUUUGUUUCCCUGCUGGUGGCCUCAAAUCUCUCCAGAUCUUUGCACUCUCCUAUCGCGCCCUAUAGUUUUCCAUUGAGUCUUUGCGCUCCAUCUGCCGUUCAACUAACAUCAGCCCUCGUGUUUCCUCUCCCAGUCACUGGUGAACAUGAAGUCAGGCCUGCUGGGACUUCUCCUCAGAACACUCAAGAAGGAUCUUCCACAAAAAUGAAUGAAGUCUCGGAUGCCACGUUCAAGGCAACAGAGUCAUACAACAAUGCUUUAAGCAAAACUUUUAGAACUGAAAUAAAUACAUAUAAUACAUAUUGUGAAAGGGGUUUACUCAUUUUUAAGCCACAACCCUCCAUGCUGAUGGUUCAAGGUUUCAUCUGAAAGAUGCAGAGUCUCAUUUCAGGGUUCCAAAACCUCAUUUUUAGGAUAACUGAUAAUUCCUUAGUUUUAGUAAUUGCUUUCUUGGUUGCCGUUUGUUCCAGUUUCUGCCUCAGCCACGGUCCCAAGGAGACUUUUGCUUGAGAGUGAGGCUGAGCGUAGCUCCUCUCCUUGGUGGCUCCUUGUGACAGUUUGUUUCCAGCCCACCACCUUCCUCUUCUUGCCCGGCCGUUACACUCAAGGCCGCCUUCCAGCAUAUAAUGAGCACAGUCCUGGUUACAUUCAAGGCCUAAGGUGGCACUAAGAUAGAUAGCGACCACAACACUGGCCAGCCCCUGACUCGAAGUGUUUCUGAUGCAGUGUAGGCAGAGCCAGAAGGGACAGGUAAUCUCCCUGCACGUACAGAGGCAGCCUGUAAAUAGCACAAGCAAGCAUUACCUGUACACGGGGCAUGAUGUGGCAGUUGGCGUGCCAGUUGGUUACCUCUCUAGCCUGCAGGGAGGUGAGCAUCCUGCAGGCUAGAGAGGUAAAUUCAGUGGGUGAUUAUCACCCACUAUGUACGGGGUCAUUAUCCUCUAAGUCCAGAAUUCUCAUCCUCCCAGAGUAGAGACCCCACUCGCGAGACCCACGCCAUAGAGAGUCAGGGCACCUGAACAAAUCAGAAAGCAUGCAGAAACGCAGACUGAAUUCCAAGGCAGACACAUGGUGGCUGUUCAGUCCUCUGCACAGAGUUCCUGAGCCUUUCAUUUGCAUCCUGUGACAGCAGUGAGGAGAGCUGUAUGAAGCGCAAGCAGGCAGAUGAUUUGCUCAGCCUGCUUGUGAGGUUACAUGAUGAAAUAAAUGGGUUUGAAAGUGUCAAAGGGGGCUAAAAAGAGAGGAGCAGAGGAACCACACUCUGCCCUGGACUUACAAUGCCUGUGCUCCAUCUCUGUUCCGUAAGGAUAUUGGGGGCUUACUGAAAGAAUGCAAACAUUUUAUUUGGUUACAUCAAGCAAGGGCCCAGGACCAGCACAAGUCUAAGAAUCAUAGCCCAAACACUUAGAGAUACAAGCCCAAUAGCUGAGGAGUUUCUUUUCUCAUGGCAACUGACCAUCUUUGGGGAACCACUUUCUGCAGUACUGAUCCUCUGCUCAUUUUCAGGUCCUGCAGUAUACAUCAUAUUUAAUCUUCGUUGCCAGAAUUGUUCCCCCUAUGCAUUCUUCAAAUUUUUGGUCCAUUUCUUCAUUCUGAACUUCAGAGAAGAGGUCUCUCCAGCUUCCAACAACCCCUGUGUGCAACAAGAAGUAACAAGGAUUGAAGGUGGCUGCUCCUGAAAGAGGGCAGUACAUAGGCAGCGGUGGGGCCGACUCACGGCACAUGUGAGAUUGGAUAAGUCUGAUUUAUGUCUCUGAGAGGCCUGAUUGCCUAGAAGAGGCAAAGUAGCAAAAUGUCAUGGUUUUAUGGGUUUUUUUUUUUU